AUGUUUGUUUCAAUUGUCCCCAAACGCAUAGCUAUCAAAUGGCGUGGUUAUCUUUCUCAACGAUUUUUUGACUCGUCAGCUAUUUCACCCAAAUUGUAUUUCCCUAGACAUUGUCCUUCUUCAGAUUCCACUUUGGAUACCAAUCAUAUGCUUAUGUGUGCCAAACCAGUUCCCUCAUUUAUAUUUGCAGGCAGUGAAAUGAGUGGAUCAAAAUAUGUCUUUGAACAAUUACGCCAACAUCCUCAAGUAGCUUGGACCAUGGAUUCUUCACCAUUAUCAACAGAAAAUAUGGAAAAAACAUCAUCAUCAUCAUCAUCACCCAUCAUUGGUAAAAAAGGCAACACUGGCUUUUCUUCCUUGGAUGAUGAUGAUGUGGAUGAUGGACAAUUAAAUAGUGAUGCCGCCUUUGAAGCUUAUCUCUCCCAGUUUCCUUUUUUGACUGACUACGAAUUGAACAACAUUGAAAAACAACAAGUGGUCGUUGGUGAACAUGCUCCUCAUUAUCUAUACAAGAGUUAUUUUAUUGCUCGGCGGAUUCGUGAAACUCUUCCUCAUGUCAAGCUUGUAUUUAUAUUACGGGAUCCUAUUGAUCGAGCCUAUACUCAAUUUUUGAAUGAAAAAGCAUCUGCACGACAUAAGGAAGACGGAUCAUCUCUUUCAUUUGAUUCAUUAGUGGACCUGGAACUAUCUAUAUUACGUCGAUGUGGUCAUACCAGUACACAAACAGGUUGGGAAGGGUUUGUUCGAUGUCAUCAAGGAAGUGAAAUUCGUGCCACUUGGAAUUUGACCAGUAAUAAUGAUAGUGAUACUUUGAAAGUAUAUGAUUCUUUGGCCAAAGGAAUGUAUUACAAUGCAUUGUUACCUUUCUUACAACAAUUUCCUGCUUCUCAAGUAUAUGUAACCAGAACCGAAGAUUUUAUCAACAACCCUUCUCAAUCCUUCCAAAAGUUGGCCAGAUUUUUAGGCAUUCAAGAACAAUUUUUUUCGGAAAGGAACUUUUAUGGACGAAUGAAAUCAACAAAAGAUGAUGAUUUAUCCUCCUUGAUUCUACAACAACAACAAUUAGGACGACAUCUUCGACAUCCAUCUUCUUCUUCCUCUCGCUCACAUCAUUAUCGACCACAACAAAGGGUACCAAUCAUGGCAAUGGAACAAGAACUAUCCGCCGAUGAUGAGGAAGUAGAAACAUCAUCAUCAUCGUCAUCAUCAUCAUCACAAAAUAAUCUGCCACAUCAGCAAGAGGAUGUAUUAGACUUAUCGAUUCGAUACCGUCUUGAAAAACUGUUCCGACCAUUGAAUCAACGAUUGUUAGAAUUGUUUGAACAUGAAGACGAUUUUCGAGGUUGGGAUUAUGAUGUGGAUAGAGGAUAA